GUUAACCCUAUCUUGAGAUCAUCAAUAAUCUCAGCCACUCGAUCUCAGCGUACCAGAAUUCAAUGGAUCCGAUCGGUGCCGCCGCUACUAACAGAAACAAGAAGAGGAGAGCCUCUUCCGAUGAAGCUCCAAAGGUUCAAGAUUACGCCAUGACAAGUUACCAUAGCUCUUUUCCUCCAACUUGUUUUGGAGCUGUAUUUGAGCAUAUGGUUGCUCGAUGGUGGCCUCAAAUAAAAGAACCUGUGAUGGGAGAAGUACUUAACCGUAUCUUUGUCGAAACAUGGCCUAAAAUGGAACAUGAAUUUCGCCAACAGGUAUCCAAGGAAAUAGAGAGGAUGAUGAUCUCUCGCAUUUACUCCCUUUCACCAUCACCAAGCGAACAACAUGAGAGUGAAGAAGGGGAAGUACCUACAACAUCUAAAACAUUGAAGUUGAAGUUAUGCUUUUCCAAUUCAAUUUCCCCUCUCAUUUUCACAAACAACGAGAUAAAAUCUGAGCAUGGUGAGCCACUGAAAGUCUUAAUCCAUGAUGCCACCAACUCCAACACUAUCAUCUCCACUGGUCCAUCGUCGUCUGCCUUAGUCGAGUUCUUCAUCCUUGGAGAGUUCGAUUCUAGCAAACGACAAGAUGACGAAACACCCUGGACAUCGAGUGAUUUCGACAAAAGCAUCUUGACUCCAAGAGAUGGUAAACGACCUUUGAUCAUUGGUAGUGAUCGCCAACUUUACCUACAAAACGGAGUUGGCUUCGUCAAGAAUCUAAUCGUAACUGACAAUUCAAGUUGGAUGAAAUCAAAGAUGUUCCGUUUGGGGGCGAGAAUCAAAGAUGAAAAAUCUCAAGUCCAGUUUGGUAGGAUUGGAGAAGCUGUUUCUCGACCCUUUAGAGUUAUGGAUCAACGAGGGGAAGGGAACCAAAAGCAUCACCCUCCACGUAGGGAAGAUGAAAUAUGGCGACUCGAAGGGAUAUCCAAAGAUGGUAUAUAUCACAAAAACUUAUCGUCCCAAGGCAUAAAGACUGUGGGGGAUUUCUUGAAGGCUUAUCAAAAAAAUAAUAAUCCUACAACUCUUAGAAUGAUGCUUGGAAAGAGAGUGUUAGACAAGACAUGGAACAUGAUGGUUAAGAAUGCUGAGGAAUGUAUUGUUGAUAAUGUUCCAAUUAAUGAUGAUCGAACCGUUCAGGCCAAUAAUUUGGCGGAAAUUAAUCAAGUCAUGGGAGAUGAAGCUUUCCAAGGAAACUUUGGAUUUAUGCAAAAUAAUUUUGGUGAGAGUAAUGAUCUUCCAAGGUUGCGCAUUAAUGAGGGAUUACUGGACUCUGUGGUUAACUAUCGAGGACUACGAUGUUGAGUUUGAAAAGUCAAGAACCGAAAUGCAAGGCUUAAACCAAAACUCAAGGAGUUUUAUAGGUCAAGCUCAAAUGUCCCAAAAAAGUAUGAUUUUAUCUUUCUAUUUUAUUUUUUAAUAUGUAGCUCAAGCUUCAAACAUUCAUGAAGUGGAUGAUGCAACCCAGUACUCUCAAAUACAUCAGACCAAGUUAUUGCCAAAACCCAAGUGAAUCCAACAAAUGACCAUAUAAAUAUACACUCUUCUUUAUGUAUGAUCAGCCCUGAUCUUGUUUUUAAUGCAUAUAAUGGUCAUGAUAAACCUUGUUUGAUUUCUUUAUAUUUGCAAGUGAUUUCUACUACUUUCAUUGUGUUUGUAAUAUAAAUGUUGUCAAACAUCUUUGAUUAUGAUUAUUUGGUUUAGACAA